UGGCGGCGGAGGCCCGUAUGUCAGCGUGGUGCGUGAUGGAGCGGCGCGCCCGCGGCCAAUCGGGACGCUAGGUGGUGGCGUGCCCUGCGGGAGUUGGGGGGGCCCCGGAGAAGGAAGGUGGGCAGCAGCCGCGGCCCGGGCCGGGGUUUGUGGGGGCGGGCUUCGCGCCGGCCGGGAGGAUGAGCCGGUUCCUGAACGUGCUGCGCAGCUGGCUGGUGAUGGUGUCGGUCAUCGCCGCCGGGAACACCCUGCAGAGCUUCCGCGACCACAGCUUCCUCUCGGAGAAGCUGUACACCGCCAGCCCCGGCCUCGUGAAUGGGCUCCAGGCUCGGACCUUUGGCGUCUGGACUCUGCUGUCGUCAGUGAUCCGCUGUCUCUGCGCCAUCGACAUCCGCAAUAGGACGUUUCUCUAUCUUGGGGAUGUUGAUUGGGCUGCAGUACCUGGAGGUAGAAGCACUGUCACAAAACAAGAAGAAAAACUGAAGCUGAGGACCCGGUGUAGGUCAGUGUUGUCUCUUAUCUUCACUGCCAAACUUCCACUACAGCUCAGCUGGACUUCUGCAGGACACCAGUCUCACUGGUGGAUCAGUGAUGGAUUCUGUCAAUCAUUCUUCAUUACCAAGUGUUUUUUCUUGCCCAGGCAACAUUUCAACUGACUGAUGUCAAAGACCUUGAGUCUGAGCAGGAGUUUGUGUCAAAGGUCACGGGGGGCAGUUGGUGACUGCCUCCCUGGAAGACAGCAGGGAAUGUCUCAGGCAUGCCCAGUGCACUAAAGACUCGUGUCACAGUGUACCUGUGGGGAGGAGGCAUAGAGCUACCCAGGAUCCACUGAACACUUUGGACCAGAAAGAGGGAACGUGUGCUGUGUAACUUGCAUGUUUGUGUUCCUCAGGGGCCAUUUCUAAUAAAUGACAGAAAACUGCA